AUGUCAAAUAAUUGUUCUUUGGAAAGAUCAUCUGAGCCAUAUUUGAGUAAUUCAGAUCAAGUGAUUCGAGCUGUACUUAAAACUUUAGACUUAUUUAACGUCAUGAAUACAACUAAUCCUGAUCCUGGUUUAAAUUUUAAAAAAUUACUUAAAGAGGAAUUAAGUGUUAGAGAUAAUUCAGUACAGGAAAAUUUUCACUCAGAAUCUUCGGAGCGUUUAUUUUCGGGGAUUCCUACACCUCCAACAAAAUGGCUAAAAAAAGAUAAAAACGACCUUUAUUCUGUCAAUGAAUUAGAAUUAGAAAAUUCCGAUGCCAUAAAAACACUUGUACAGGAAUUCUUUAAAGCAGCACUGGCAAUUGGCAGCACGGUACCUCCACCACCAUCCUGGAAAAAAGUUUCAUUAAUACUUUCAUUGUUUGCAAAAAUGAUCACUGAUUCACCAGCAACUUUUGGAUUAACUUUAGCUCUUGGUGGUGACAUCUCAGAUACUUCAUCAAUUCUCAAAAAUGCACCUCAAAUAACAAUUUCAACAAUCUUUGAUUAUGUUAAAGAUUAUAUUGAUAUAUCUUGUCAUGAAAUAUGGUUAGGGAUAACCUCAUUUAUGCUUAUUUUUCUAAAAGAUUACCCUCAAACAAUAAUUGACCUUCAACCAUAUUCAGCAACUGAUAUUAUAAAGAAAAUUUUAUAUCAAAUUGACCAAUUGCCUGUGUCACUUAACAAAAUACAAUUUGAGUGUGUCAAUAAAGGAAAAUUGCUUAUCGAUGCUCUUUUGAUUGAAAUUGAACGAAUUGGAUCAGGAAUUAUUCCACGCGAUUUAGGAUCUGAUGAAAGGUUAUUUAGCAUGCUUGUAAAAUUAUAUAAUGAACAACAAGUUGUAUCAAAAGAUGCAUUCUAUUUAAGAGAUUUAUCUUUACAGUGUGCAACGAAACACAAUAUAUUGGCUGAUACUUUGUAUGUUUAUUUGGUGCCAGAUAAAUUGGUGGAAACUGGAAAACUUGGUUUUCCUGAAACAACUUUCUUAAAAGGUGGUGCUGCUGGAUAUAAACUUUUAGAUCUUAUAAAUAUUAAUCACAAACAUAGAAUGUUGCUUUUUGACGGAGAAACUACACCUAAAGUUCCCCCUGAAGUAAAGGAACAAAAUUCUAAUAAAUUUCUUUGUGUAUCACCACAUGCUCUUGAUGUUGUUUAUAAAAUUGUAUAUAGUGCACCUUGGUCAACAAUCAAAUCAAAAGCAGGAAAUAAUGCUCCUAUAGCGGAAAAUGCAAUCAGAUGGCAACAUACUAUUUUACAAAUUUUUUGUCAUCGUUUCCUACGAUUUUUAAAGUAUUCUUCAAAAGCACCCGAACUUUUAGGUUAUAUUAAACAUUCAGUCUCUUAUCUAGAUCAUCGUCAAACUUAUCCUGACUCGUGCAGAGAUAAAGCUAUUUGGUUUGGUGAAUCUGAACUUUUGGCUCGAUAUAUGAUUUUUACUUUGGCUCGAUUAAUAAAGUUUAGAGGUAACGGUGACAUUCCAUCGGAAACGAUAAAAGGAAUUAUUAAUAGCAUUUAUCCACAACCACUUCAAUUUUGUCAAACGACUCUUUCUUUUUUCCCUGAGCCACUACGAUCCAUUCUAACACAACAAAGAUCGGCUAUGGGGGGAUCAUUCUCACAAAGUUCUGAUAAAGAUAAACAAGUUAACUCUGCUCUAAAAAUAGGAAAUUUAUAUAGAUUAUUAAUGGGUCAAGCUUUAACUCCAGAAGAUGAAGAAAUAUUACAAGUGCAUUAUUCUAAACUUGAAAACCAAUCAAUAUUUUUGUGUGUAUUUUGGAGGAUGGAUUGGAAUUGUGGAAGAGAAAGUAACCAAGAACUUAUACCAAUAAUACGUAAAAUCUUGAUCCAAUUCCCGCCUUCCAGAAUGGCUACUUAUACCAUCACUUUAGUGGAUUUUAUUAUUGAAAAGAUUGAUAAUGAUCCUAAAAGUCCUUCUAUAGCGUCUUGUUGUCAAAUGUUAGAUGAAUUGAUAUGGAAAUAUCAAAUCGUCGCAUUUGAACAUGUUCUUUUUGCACUGGUCAGAGGACAUCGUGAGAAAGAUACAACAGCAUUUCAGAUAUUGGAUUAUUUACUUUUUAAAUCGAAAAAUUUUUCUGAACGCGUCGAGUAUUUUAUUUCAUUAAAUUUUGAACCUAGAUAUUGGAUAGAAGAUGAUCAUUAUAAUAAAAUGAUGAAAUACGUGGAGAGAUAUCCGGAAUUCUUUCAGUAUGAAGCUUAUGCAAUGGAUGGAUAUGAAAAUAUUAUUUCGGAACUUAAACCUCCCUCUGUUACAAAUAUGCCAAUAUAUUACAGUACAGUUAUUCGUAGAACUUUACCAAUAUUGGACAUUGUUAUUGGAAAAUUGAUUGAAUUCGGCGAAAAAGAAUUGCUUAUCAAAUUGUUAGACAAGUAUCGACUCCUUUAUAGAUAUCAUCAAACUUUGUUAGCAUUUGUUAGAGAUUUACUUUGUUACUAUUACUCGGUCCCUAUUGUUAGAGAGAAGGCUUUUUGUAAAAGACUAAUAAGAUUACUUGAUUUUGAUGAAUAUGAUAUUUUACCUGAAUUACUCAAAUAUGGCUCAGAUGAUCUUUCCAAAGAACAAUUAUUUGACAUCAGUUAUUUCGAGAAAGUUUUCCGAAAGUUAUCAGAUUCAAUGUCGCCAGAAAAAUGUGCCCCGAAGACAAAUUCAAAGCUUCCAGAAAAACAUUUUCGCGAAAUACCUAAUCCUUUAGUACAAGGUUUACAUAUAGCGUGUGUAGAAGUAUUUACCACUUCCAUAAAACCUGCAGAUUUUGUCAAAGUUUCAUUGGACAUUGUUCUUAUGAAUGGUAGAAAGGGCGUUGCUUUGCAGCCUAUGGUUUUAUAUGCAAUAGGAUUACUUUAUUCUUUUCUACCUGUUGAUGAAUUUAUUACAAAAUUAUUUGAUGAAUUGGUAACAAUGAUAUUAACAGAUCCACACCUUGGAGAAUUUUCACAGGCUUUUAAUUUGACUGGAUGUUCCUCAAGUCAGUUUUCAUCUAACAAUGAUCCAUCUCAAAAUAACAAAAAUGAUUUACAAUUGCUUUAUUUGUGCGCACUAAUUGGACCUAUAAUUUAUAGAUUAGAACAAAUUCCAUUGAAAUUAUCAGAGUGUAUAUUGCAUAUUUUUAAAUCAUUAAAUAAUGUUGCAAAUAAUAUGAAUUUGGAAAAAUAUGGAGACACAACUCAAGCACUGGAACAAGUUUAUGAUUUUUUGCAUUACGUUAAGACUAUUUUAAAUUUAACAAGUUUAGAAAACAUAGAAAUGCAAAAUGUUAUUAAAACGAUGAAAUUAGCGGUUCAAAGAAUAAAUACCAAUAUGUUGUUAAAUGGAUUUCGAGUUGAAAUCAUAGUGAAUGGCCAACCUUUGAGUGAAUAUACUGAGCCAUUAAGUAGAAAUGAAAAUUUGGCAACUAGUUCAUCUUAUACGCGCGCAGAUAAAUCUGCAACGCAAGACAUGUGUAAUUUGGUUCAUUAUGCUGCAGUUGAAGAAUUCGGUGUACGUUACAGCGUGAAAUAUUCUGCACCAUCUACAAAAUGUUCUAUUAAUGAACCAAUAAAAGCAUUUUUGUAUAUUGACGGGGAGUAUGAUUAUUCGUAUGGUGAUCUAAAUCCAAAUAAUUUGUCAGAAUUAAGAACAUGUUUUUGGAGUAAAAAUCGAGAUAAACUAUAUUAUUUUAAAUUUAAUCCAACUAAUUGGUCAGAAGAUGAUGAUAAUAGAAGAAGUAAUGUUUCAGCUAAAAACAAUAAUAUUGGCGGUCCAGGUGCAAUAUCUGUUUAUUUUUAUCGUGCCAAAAGAGUUCGUUGGCACGUUACAAACACUCCUGAUUAUUCUGUUGAGAAUGCAAUUGUUCCUGAAAAUAAGAACACCAGGUCAAUAAAACUUUCUACACAAUACGAUGUACAGCCAGUUACAAGACCUUCGAAUGUAAAAUAUGACACUUAUUUACAAGAGGAAGGUAGUCCCAUAGCAGCUCUUCAUCUCAACUAUCGGCCUGCUGCAUGGUUAAGAAGUCGUGGUCAUGGUCAUGGUCUUUCUAAUUAUAGCACAAUAAGGUCACCUCUGUCUUUGUCCACACCAAAAAAUCUUGUGAAAGUUGAAGAGGGAUUAAUGGAAUUAAUAGAAAUAAAAGAAGAACCGAUAGAAGUAAACGCCAUCGCUAGAAGGGGUAAACGUAAUAAAAAGAAUCCCGAAGUUAUUGUGAUUAGUUCUGAUGAUGAUGAUGCUUCGUAUGAUUCUAAAAGAUCCAAAAGAUGA